AUGAGCUGGUUCGGUUUUGGGAAGAGCACAAUUAAGUGUGAUGAUGAGCCGAAGACAGGACAAGCUUUACCUGCAGCAUGGUACACGUCGCCUGCCAUGUAUGAGCUUGAGAGGCGAGCCAUCUUUUCUAAGAAGUGGCUACUCGUUACCCAUGUGUUGCGAUUUCCCGACAUCGGCCACUUUGUGCGAAUAACGGAAGCUGGCUAUACUUUCUUUUUGAUUAAAGACCGCCAAGGCCAAAUUCGGGCGCAUCAUAACGUUUGCAGACACCGUGCCUAUCCCAUUAUUGAGAAGGACUCUGGCAAGGCCUCUGUUUUGGCAUGCAAAUAUCAUGGUUGGUCGUAUGGUUUUGACGGCCACUUGGCCAAAGCACCUAAAUAUCAGGAAAUUUCUUCAUUCAAGAGGGAAGACAACGGCUUGUACCGCGUGCAUGUGCAUGUUGAUAACCUGGGGUUUGUCUGGGUAAAUCUUGACGCAAACGACACACCCUCAGUUCCUUGGGAACAAGACUUUGCAAGAGUAGACUUUCAACCACGGUUGUUGGAGUUUGACAUGAAGAAGUACCAUUUCGAUCAUGAGUGGGAGAUGACUGGAGACUACAAUUGGAAGGUACUCGCAGACAACUACAACGAGUGUUACCAUUGCCCUACAGGACAUCCUGCACUUCCUGCCGUCACAGACUUGACCAAAUACUGGGUUGAGACAUCGGGAGGUCACAUUCAACACUACGCAGUUGAUAGAGAAGAUCCAGAGGCUCAAAGUUUGGGCAACGUGAGCACAUACUUGUAUCCCAAUGCCUCCAUGACUGUGACACACGAUGAUGCCACGGAUGCUGAAUUCACUGAAAUCAGCGACUUCUUCAAGAACAUUAUGAGAGAGGACAAGGAACUAUGCAAUGGCGCCCAGAAGAAUCUGAAUUCCGGCAUAUUCCUCAACGGGGAGUUGCACCCCCGAGUAGAAAAGGCAGGUUGA